AUGACUCUGUCCGGGACCAUGGAGCUGUCCCAGAGACACGCAGCGCUGAAGCUGGAGGAGGAUGAGAUCGACAUCGUGGGCGAGGACGAGCCCAGCACACGGAACUUUUACCCCAGUGACCCAGGCUCCUCCGCUGAAUCGGGACCUGAGUUUGACUCUUCGGAGCCCGAGUCGUCAGGGGAGAGUGAGGGCAGCUUCUGCGCAGACGCGGCCCCCAGCAGGAAGGGUCAGAGCAGCGCGGUGAAGCCCCCGUACUCGUACAUCGCGCUCAUCACGAUGGCCAUCCUGCAGAGCCCGCACAAGAAGCUCACCCUGAGCGGCAUCUGCGACUUCAUCAGCAACAAGUUCCCCUAUUACAGAGAGAAGUUUCCAGCCUGGCAGAACUCCAUCAGACACAACCUCUCUCUCAACGACUGCUUCAUCAAGAUCCCGCGGGAGCCUGGGAACCCGGGGAAAGGCAACUACUGGUCCUUGGACCCGGCGUCCGAGGACAUGUUCGACAACGGGAGUUUCCUUCGCCGCAGGAAGCGUUUCAAGCGGCACCAGCCCAAAGACAGACUCAUGUUCUUCCCCGGGUACCGAGCCUUCCCCUACAGCGUGCAGGGCCAGAGCCCCCCCGCACUGCCCUUUCCCUACAUGGCUGUUCCAGAGGGACCCCUGAUGCCAACGUCUUACCCGGUUCUGCCCCCGUCUAUGGGUAAAAGCAGUGACUUCAGGGCGGACUUUACACAUGCGCGUCCAGAAGCAGUGAAGUGUGCGCCGCGUCCCAAGUGCUCGUUCAGCAUCGACAGCAUCAUGAGCAGAUCCUCCUCCAGCUGCAGCCCCCCAGGACGGACUCAGGGACAGACCCCACCUCACAGCGCUGCUCCGUACCCACAGCUCUCUGCUCCCUUCAUGGUGCCACUCGUGCCCAGGACUCAGUUCUGUCCGGCCCCGAUCCUGACCACAGCCCCCCUGAUGACAGAGCCGCUGUGCAUGGGCUUUCCCCGCUGCUGA